UCUCCGAAGGCAAACGUCGUUCGUGAAUGUUCGGUCAAGUCAUAAAGAUUUUUUCUGCCAUUCUUGUGUGUAAAUAUAAUCUGGCUCUUUCUUUAAUAAGCAGAUGUCUUGGGAUGGCCCUAACAUAUGGGCAUGACCAAUGUUUGUUCUGUGUGACAUUUGUAGCCUCACGACCUACACAAGGCACGCGCCUAGUUUGGGAUGUAGAUACAAUAUAGUAUGUAGCUUCGGCACGAAUGGGUCGGCUCGACCGGAGUAAUACCACGGCCUCACAGAAAACCGGCGUGAAACAACCACAGCGUUGUGUUUCGCCGUGUGAGUGAGGUUACCGGAGGCCCAAUCCUUCCCCUCAACCAACCCUUCCCCAGUCCCUAAAUCUCCGAAUCCCUAAUCCCUAAAAGGUCGGUAACGCACUCGUAACUCCUCCGUUGCGGGUGUCCAUGGGCGG